UAUGUGGUUUUGCAUAAUUCAGGUGACAUUCUACUCAAGCCCAUUUUGGCCGUUGCUGGGACUGAUAUUUCUCAUUGGUUUGAUCCAAAAACUGGUGAUCUUAAAACUUACAUCGACCCCGUCAGCAAAUGUCGAAUGCCAUACACACCCUCGGGACGAUUUAUUCAUGUUCCACCACCUUACCCGACUACAGAUUGGCGUAAUGAUUUUGGAACGCCCUGGUGGUUUGAAAAGUCCUACUGUAUUGGCAAGUUGACAAAGAAACCGCGAAUCGUUAGGAUCGUUAACACGUUGGCCUUGGUGGAGCAUGAGAUCGAGGUCUGUAAUGAGGAAACAGUACUCGAAAUAAUGUCUCGGUAUCUGAAAUGCAACCGCCACGCAGCUUCCUAUACCUGGAAGUUCAAAGGACAAGUGCUCGAUAUGGAAAAGACCCUUGCUGAAAACGGAAUACCCGAUGAGGAUGCUGAGUUGGAGGAAUUAUUAUUAAACACCGAUGACUUUAUUCCAGAAAUAUUUCUUUAUUACAAUGAUGACCUAACAGAGGCCUGA